UCAGAACACCUCUCCUCCCCACUGGCCUGGCCGCCUCUCGCGCGUCCCCCAGGCCUCAGACCAGCUGACCUUCCUCCGGGAAGCCUCAGUGGGUCCUGAGGCUGGGUCAGCCUCACCCCUCCCGCCCCUGCCCGCUGCCCCGCGUGCAGCAGGCCGGUGCCCAUCCGUGCCCCCCUGGUGGUGGGCUGGGGCCAGGACUGAUGCUGACAGAGGUCCAGCUGGGCCGUGGGCGCGGGGCCCAGGCUCGUGCGGGGAGGCGGCUGGAGCAGUGGGAGGCUUCCGGGAGGGGGGUGGGGCCCAGCUUCCGGCCCACCACAGACCUCUGUCUGCUCGUCCAUCUGCGUGCUGUCCCCCUGCAGCCCCACGGCGGCGGCAGCAUGAACGGUCCCCAGCCUGCCGUGCCGGAGCCAAGCCCAGCUGAGGAGGCCGAAGGCCGGGCAGGAAAGGCUGCGGCCGGCGCCCGGGAGCAGGGCCCGCGGCUGGGCCCGCGGCUGCCGUCCAUCGUGGUGGAGCCCAGCGAGGCGGGCGCCGUGGAGAGCGGGGAGCUGCGGUGGCCCCCCGAGGGCGCCCAGCGGGGCUCCCCCCAGAUCCAGGGCGCUGCUGCCCCCGCCCCGAGUCUGCCAGGAGCACCAGGGGACGCCGCUCCGGACGCCGCCGGCAGCCGGCGAGCCGGCUCUGGGAGCCAGGCCCUUGCGGCCCAGUGACAGGACAAGGACGUGGCCAGGCUCCGCUGUCCCUGCCAACCCCGCCAUCGCCCCCCGAUGGCGGGGAGGACCCGCGUCCCAGGUGGCCGGGCUGGUGCGCAGAGGACAGAGCCGGGCCACUGCCUCCGGCCCCACCGAGUCAGGCCGGGCCCACAGCCCCGUCCUCUCCCGUCCUCGGCCAGGGCCCCCGCCGGGGUCCCACCCCCCUUGUUCUGUGAUUUGAAGUGGAAAUAAAGGCUUUUCCUGGUGGCGGGCGUGCUUGGUGGGCACUCGAGGGGCUGAGGACAACCGUGGUCCUGCCAGUGGCCUUCCA